AUGCAGAAUUUCCGUCGGAUGGGAUGUCACCUCUAUGGCUUUGGUCUUGGAGUGGCGCUUCGUACCUACAAAAUCUUUGUUCGUCCGAUUCUUGAAUACGGCCUUGGGAUUUGUCCCCUUUCGGUACGCCAAGUUAAAGACUUACAAAAGAUCCAGGACCAGUCAGCGUUACCUUCUAUGGAAUUACGUAGUUUAGCUUUACAGGCCAAAUUUGUAAUUCGUUCUCAAUUUCUCCCCGCUGACACCAUGCUGGCACGUCUGCUCCCGCAGCUGCUCUAUCCAAACAGUGAAGCGAUCAUCUAUAGGAUGCAUAGCAAUGUGCUGUUCUUGGAAUAUCAAACACUCCGUGAUUCGUCCCCCAAUCUGAAGAAUGCUCUGAAGAAAGUGGUUCGAUCACAUCACGAACGGGAAAUUGCCAAAAAAGCGGCCCACCCUCCAGCCAUCGACCCUGCAAGUACCGAGACUUGUACGAGCCUUACGCCUUCGCAACAAGCUUCUAAGCGCAAAGCUACCACUUAUAUCAUUAGAGAUAUCUCGAAAAUGACCGCGCCAGCUACCAAAACCCGCACCCGUACCUCAGCCAGUGAUUUCCAAGCCCGAUAUGAACAGUUGCCCUGCCCCCACUGCAAUGAAGUUGGAAAAAUUCAUGCCACUGGACAAACCAAUGUGCAGUAUAAUCCCCCGGCACCCAUUUUUACUUGCAUCUGUAAAACCGAUUUUUCGCAUCAUGAGGUUCGCCUUUUAUUGAAUGCUAUUCUUACCCCACCGGGAUUUUCUUCACCUGCGGAAAUGGAAUUUGAUUCUAUUGCCGAUGACUCCGCAACCAACACCGCACCCAUUCCCCAAGCCUCUUUGGUCUUCGAGCAUCAUGAUGCCCUGCCCGACUACCUCAAGGUACUCGUCCACAAAGUCACUACGCUUGAGAACCGUGUCGACGAACUUAACGCACUCGUGAAAGAAAAUCAACAACUCAAAACGGCCCUUAACCAAGUUACUGACGAAAAUCAGAAACUUAAACUUCAGCUUUCUGCGGCGCUUGCUCAACAACCUCAACUGGGCACCAUGGCAUCAAAAUACGCCUUGCAACCUGCCACUGACUCUGGACCGGCCAAUCUUGAGAGUGAUGAUUUCCCAGCCCUUUCCUCUGCUGCCCAAAACCAGCAUAACAAAACCUGGGCCGCCCAUACUGCUGCACAUCGACCUCCUCAAAAAAAUUGUAGGCCGAUUUACUGCGUCAACCCCAAUCCCUCUGCCAAGCAAAGCACGAUAGGGAUCCGUACCUUCAUCCUUCCUGGUCCAACUCAUGGAUUCCAGUACGUCUACCUUCCUUCCCGCGGCCGCAUACCCAUUGGCCAGCUCCGCAAAAACCUGCACAAAAUUGGAGUGGACAAUGUCCGUGUCCUUGAUCUGCAUUACCCCGCCUGCCAAGUAGUCGCCGCCUUAAUUCACAACGAUUAUGCUACCGAUUUCACCGCACUUUUCACCAAACAUGGUGUGCACCCUAUUGCCGACUUUAAUCCCGCUGAUCCCAAACACCUUGGCGAUCCACAGUUUAAGGACCUCCCCAUUACCGAGCGUACCGCCAAAGCCCAAGAAUUUUUUUCAGCUCGCAUGAUCAAAGCCGUCAAUGGUAUUCGCUUCCCUGUGAAAUAUGCUGUUGCCCGAUUUUUCGCCUCCCAACAAUGGAUCUCACCAGAGACACUCGCUCAAAUCCUUCCUUCGCGCCCCAGCCAUUCUACAAAUCACACUGCUCCCUUAGUGACAGACCUUUUCUAUCCAACAACAUCUCCCAGUUCUGCAGAAGCCAUGCAAACUGACGACAUCCCAGCCAAACCCAUUACCUCCAGCACCCCAACCUCAGAUAAUCAAUGA